UCGGGCCACAUUGGUUUCCUCUUGGUCCUCUCAAAAUGUGCUGGCUGAUAUGCUAACGCAAAGUGACAUAGAUAAUGUUGCACGAAGCACAGGGUGUGAAUCUUUACUCCUGAGACCUGACUGUGCUAAUGACUGCUGGUCAAAUCGAUUCAGGACCUUCACCUCUGUAUGCAACAACAGGAAGGAGCCUCACUGGGGAGCCUCCAACACAGCACUCGCCCGCUGGCUUCCCGCCCGCUAUGAGGAUGGGAUUUCACUUCCACUGGGCUGGACUCCAGACACAUUACAUUCUGGAUUUCCUGUGCCUUUGGUUCGACAGGUAUCUAACACAAUCUUGAGAAUUCCCAAUAUGGAGGUAACCUCAGAUACAGAGCUAAGUUACUUGUUUAUGCAGUGGGGUCAGUGGCUCGAUCACGAUAUGAGUUUAAGCCCUCUGGCUGGCAGUAUCGAAACGUUCGAAGGUGGCAUUGACUGUGAAAGCACUUGCAUUCAAGGAAAUCCCUGUUUUCCAAUUAAGAUACCUCCUAAUGACACCAGAAGUGGAAGUGACAGAGAAUGCAUGCCUUUCUUCCGAUCAGCUCCUGCUUGUGAUAACGGUCACCAAGGCACUAAACCUAAAGAACCAAACAUUCGUCAGCAGAUUAACAGCAUUACUAGUUUCCUUGACAUGAGUGAACUGUACGGCAGUACCGACUGUCUGGCCAACAGCCUCAGAAACCUGACCAGUGAAGAAGGUCUGUUGGCUGUGAACCAGGAAUUCACUGACAAUGGACGAGAAUAUCUGCCAUUUACCACCGCUUUAAAUGGCUCCUGUGGCAGCAUUGGAGAAGGUUGUGACACCGACUCUGAAACUAUUCCAUGUUUUAUUGCUGGUGAUGUACGUGUGAAUGAACAACUGGGACUGUUGUCUUUCCACACAAUAUUUCUACGGGAGCACAAUCGCGUCGCAAGAGAGCUGAAGACUAUAAACCCGCAUUGGAAUGGUGAUAGGAUAUAUCAUGAAACAAGAAAAAUCUUGGGAGCUUUUCAGCAGAUUAUUACUUUCCGAGACUAUAUUCCCCGGCUAAUUGGACCAGAAGCGAUAGCAAGAUUUCUCCCAGAAUACAAAGGCUAUGAUGAGUCUGUCAAUCCCAGUAUCGCCAAUGUUAUCUCAUCAGCAUGUUUCCGCUUUGGGCAUCUUACUGUUCAGCCGUUUCUGUUUCGUUUUGAUGAAAACUUCCAGGAUCACCCACAGUUCCCAACUCUGCCUCUCCACGAAGCUUUCUUCGUACCCUGGAGGAUGAUAAGGCAAGGUGGUGCUGAUCCAAUUGUUCGAGGACUGAUAGGCAAUCCUUCAAAAUUGCAAAAGCAAGACAUGAUGAUGACAGAUGAACUGCGGGAGAUGCUCUUUGAGAUGGUUAAUCAUUUAGGGCUGGACCUGGGGUCUCUGAAUAUGCAACGUUCCCGUGAUCAUGGAAUAACAGGCUACAAUGCAUGGAGAAAAUUCUGUAAUCUUUCACAGCCCAAGAACAAGGCUGAACUGUCUGAUGUGCUCAGGAAUUCAGAACUUGCUGAAAAAUUCAUUGAACUGUAUGGGACACCUGACAACAUUGACAUCUGGAUAGGAGCAAUCUCUGAACCAUUUGUGGAAGGAGGGAGAGUCGGCCCUUUGUUAGCCUGUCUGAUAGGACAGCAGUUCCAGAAACUCAGAGAUGGAGACAGGUUUUGGUGGGAAAAUGAAGGAGUGUUUACUCAGAAACAGCGCCAGGCUCUUACUAAUAUCUCCUUAUCCAGGAUAAUCUGUGAAAACACUGGGAUUCAGCAGGUCCCUGUAAAUGCAUUUCAAUUCAAUCCCUUUCCAGAAGGUUAUGUACAAUGCAACAGAAUACCAAAGGUGAACCUGGAGGACUGGAAGGAGAGGCCACAACUCAGUUGUGGCAAAAUCCCCACAGUGUCUGAGGCCUCUUUCUCUAUAUGCGAUUCUUCAGUGAAAUAUACUUGUCAGCAUGGUUUCACUAUGGAGGGAAGCGAUACGAUAGACUGCAUGAAGAACAAACAAUGGAAUCGUAAACAACCUCGCUGUUCAAAAUCCAAAGGAUUCCAAGGAAAAGGAAUGGAAGGAAAAGGAAGAGGAAUGGGUAACAACAGAAAAGGAAAGGGAAAUACAGAAUCCUUGUUCUGAGAAAUAAAGGACAAGGAAAGGGAAAUAAAGGAAAAUGAAGAAGGAACUAAAGAAUCAGGAAAAGGAGCACUAGAGAUACCAAAAUUAUCAAAGGAAAAAUAUAUAAAUGUGUCAAGCUUGGAGAGGGAGCACAAUUUGUCAAUAAUUUUAGAGAGGACUUGAAUUCUAUGGUUUAAAACAUUUCUUUAUUUCCUAGUGUGGACAAUAAUAUUUUCUGUUAGUUUUUAUAGGGAGCUAUUGUACUAAAUUCACGUAGGUAUUAGAGCUACACCACAAGUGAAAGGCACACUCAGGAACUUGUAACCAUUCACAGCUUGCAUGGUAAAUGACUCCGGUGGUGAUCAGUCUCAAUAAGGCUUAUGCCUUUCCUUCAUUCUUCGAGUCCCAGACUUAGACCUGGAGUCUUUGUGAUCUUCGGUUUUCAUGCGGCUGCAGUUCUUGUGGAAAUUAAAUCCUACUUCCAAGAUUGAUACCAUUUCUGUCUGAUACCUUCUGUUCAGUGAAACAAGACAUCAGGAUUCCAAUCCAAGUCCAAACCAUUCUGGCCACAUUAAUCUGCCACAGUUAGAUUAUUGAUUGCCAAAGAACUUUGGCGUGUCCUCAAUGAUUGUCACCACUUUUUACAGAUGCACCAUAGAAAGCAACCUAUCCAUAGUACGGCAACUGCUGGACGCAAAACUACAAGAAAUUGCAGAGAAUUGUAAAAGCUGCUCAGUAUAUCACAAAAGCUAGUCUCCCUUCUAGCACACAUCUUGCUGCCUCAGCAAAUCAGCUAAUACAACCACCACCCUAGACAUUCUAUCUUCUUCCCCCUUCCAUUGGGUGGAAGAUACUAAACCGUGAGAACAUGCACUACUCGGCUCAAUACAGAAUCUAUCCUACUGUUAUAAGAAUUUUGAAUGAACUUCUUGAAUGAUGAACUUUUGAUAUCUCAAUUUACCUUGUCAUGGCCCUUUGUGUCUACCUGCACUGCACUUUCUCUGUAACUGUAACACUAUAUUCUGCAUUCUGUUUUCAUUUCCUUCGUACACCAUAAUAUGAUUGUAUAUAGAAUGAUCAGCUUAAAUUACAUAGAAGCAAAGCCUUACACCUGUUAUAUGAGAAAACAACAAACCAGUUACCAGUUUUCCACCACCAAACGUGCAGAAUUCUAAUUAUUGGUACCGAUCUGAUUGGAUUCAGAACAGUGUGGAAUAAAUUGUUCAUAAAAGUUAACACAAGUGCUUUAUUCUGCAUGUGGUUUUAUGAUCAAGUUCCUUUGCUUGGGUAUUUUGCUGACUUAAUCUCUCCCUCUUGUAAUAACAGGCAACACUUCUACCUACUAAUGACGCCUUUAUUCUAUUGGUAAUGUCUUAGAAUAGACACGUUGUAUCUUGCCACAUAUAAACGGAUGACCAUUGACCCGUUGAUUCUAAUUAAUUAAACCUGUAAGACUUUUGGCUCUAGCAAGUUAACUUUCCAGUUCAUCAUCUCUGCUUAGUGAAGCAGUGAGAAUGUUAAGGUGCACCUUUAUCUGAUAACUUAUCUCACACCUUCAGUUAUGUUAUUUACAAACUCCUUGUUUAUGCUUUUUUAACAUUCUCAAAGAAUUUCACAGAUGAUUAACUAUUCUAGUGUGAGAUAAUUCUCAAAUGUCCUUUCAAACAGAGAAUAUUGUACCACCUUUAAAUCAAUUCAUUGGCUAGAUAAUCCCAAUGAAUCUCUCCAUUCUUACUGUAUCUAUUUCUUUAUUCCAAAGACAUAAAUUUACCUUACUGUGGCUUACUAUGUCUUUUCUACUUGAUUCUGAACGUAAUAUUCUCAAACCAAAAUUCUCAACAGAUGUCCUUCUUUGGGUAAGGUGACUGUUCAGAUUUGUUAUUGACAAUUUUCUACGUUCAUCUAUAGCUUGUCUCUGAACCUUUAUCACAAAAGCUGCUUUUGAAAAGCAAGAGGAAAAUAGCAUUGGCUGGAAACAUGAAAUAAAGGCAGAAAAACUGUAAAUGUUCAGCAGCUCAUGCAGGAUCUAUGGAAAGGGAAACAGCCAACAUUUUCAGUCAGUGAGAAGGUGCUGCCUGAUCUUCAGAGAACUUCCAGCAUUUGGAGAAGUUGGUUGGCACUGUCUGAUAGCUCUUGGCCAAUGACUCCUUCCCUUCAUGCCCACCAAUAAUCAAGACUUUAUUGAAAGUGACAAAGCAAGAUUUGUAGUUUGAUUAGUGUCAUAAUAUGUUACAAACAUGAGUUUUCAACCAAAAUGCCUCACGUUUUUUGGGUGCCUCACUGAUGAUUCCUGUUCUGUGCUUCGGUUCCAUCAACAACAGCUCCUUCUCACUUUAUUGAUGUUACUUCCUACAGGUGUCUGUUGGGUUCUUAGCAGCAGUUCCUUCAUUAACUCUGACUGUCCUUUUACCAUUCAAAGUCAUUAUUUGUGUUCUGAUUUGCAAUAUUAUUUGUUCAUAGGUACUUGAAUGGAACCAAUUGUUAAUUCAAAUAUAUGCUUAUAUUAAUAGGCAGAGGGAUUGAAAUGUAAAAAAUAAUUACAAAUGGUGAUAAAAGAAUAAUAUUUGAAUAUAAUACUGGA